CCCUGAUCCACCUCACCCUCACCAUCCUCACCAUCACUCUCUCCACCAGCGCCAUAUUUCUAUCUUUACUCUAACAGAGACUGGAUAUGCAGUCUUCAAUCUCGAACGCUCCUACAAUCGCCUCCCGCAACUACGCUCCCAGCCACACUGCCCCGACAUCUCUUUCUUCACGAUACACGACGACUCAUCCAAGGAACAAGGGUGCCCGCCGACGACCCUCGAGAUAGCCAACAGCGCAUAACCUCCUGCCGAUAUACAGUCUCUACAUGUCGAGUUCCAACAACGCGCCGUCUCCGAGAGCCCCUCGGGGUAAGCACCAACACUCAAAGAGCGCAACCCAGGUGCACCCCCCCAACGCAGGAACCCAGGCCCCGCGGCGUCCAAGAGGCAAUCGCCGCAACCACGCAAAUAACGGGGAUGCUCAGCAACUUUCUGGUAACCGUCCUGAGUUGUCCGCCAACCCACCGCCUGUCAACGUCGACGACGCGGCAUUGGCCGACAGCGCUGUAUUCUCCAGUGAAGAGCUGUCAAUCCCAACAGGCCCCCGGAAUGGAAAGAAGCACACGCACUCGCAGCCUUCCUCGGACCGGGUCUUCUCGCCAACAGCGCUCCCUCCUGCCUCCCUGACCGAUUCGGAAAUCGCUCCCUACAAUCCUUCUGCAACGCCUGCGAAAGCCCAGAGCGCCUAUGCUGGACCCACUUUCCAUGCCUCCCCAGCGCCUUCCUCGCUUCCAAUUCCCAAGUUUCUCUCCAAAUCUGUUCCGGCGAAGAGCCAAGCUCAGCCGGGCCUUUCUACUCCCCCAGACCAAUGCUCCGCUUCACCGCCCUCUCCAACCCCCUUGCCACCUUCGCCUUCUCGCGCCCCGAUCCCAGUUCCGACGCACCAAGAAAAUUCUCCCCUUGAUAUGCUCUUCAGGGCUGACCGAGAAGAGAGAGCCAGAAAUGCUAAUCAUAGUUCUGCUUCUGCAAUCUUUUCAAACUCUGCAAACCAGCCUUCACGUAACGGAGAAGGCCGGCACAUCAAACAGGAUUCUCACAGUUCUCUCAGCGUCGUGUUUCCCAUAGAGAUGGAUGGCGAGAGUAAAGCCUCGCGUAUCUCCCCGCCUCCGGUCUCACUGGUAGCACAUCGUUCUGUUGCCGCCCCUUCUAAAAUCCCGCAAGUCGAGCAUCCUGCUUCUCCGAACAGCAACUCAAAUGCUGUCCAGGAUCUCUUGGACAGGCUUAACCUUUCUCAAGAGAAGCCCGUCGCAUCUACACCCCCACGAACAGCGGACCGCAUCCCCUCAGCGCCAUCAUCCCGAUAUCACACCCCAUCUCCUUUCUAUGAUGGUAGGUCGUCUUUUCGCAGCGCCUCGGGUCCCACAACUCCGGCCCCCCAAAAUCAAGAGUCUUCCGACUUCUUCUAUGGCAACCGCAAUCUUUCCCCCUUGUUUAAAGCGGCAAAGACGGAGCCCCCGAAGCGUAACUCUGGACUCCGUACGGAAAUCACCGCCGAUUCGCCAAUUAUGCUACAAGGAGGAUUCUCUGCUCUCAGUAGCUCAUCUAAAAUGGACGCGAACACUGUGUCUCGUAACUAUUUGGAUAACGUUCUUGGCCCAGUCAGCCCACGCCGUGGCUCAGCGCCCCAUAUCGAACCGUUCAGGGAACCGCCAAAUCAUCGCAAGACGAGGACGCCCGGGAGGCGCGCAUAUCACCCUCGUCCUGAUUCCUACCCUUACGCUAAGGGGAAUCAAAAUGGAUCCCUAAAUGGAAACUCUGUAACCCUUCCGAAGUCGAAGACAGCAAUUCCUUUCAUCCCUUCAUCUGUUCAGACGAAACAACAUUCUACGAAGUCUUCCAAUCCUUUGUCUUUAGAGGAGGAGCUCAAACAAUUACUUAACUUGAGGACGGGUCCUGAAGCUAUUCAUAGCGUCCGGUAGUUUUGGAGUCCGACCUCCUACUUUGAUAUCUUGCGGGUUAGACCAUCUGGAUCAGGUUCAUGACUGAGGUAGUACUUUCUUUUGUCAAUGUUCAGUUUGCGUAUGGUCUGUCUACUUUUACGAUAAUGU